CAAAACUUUCAUACAUCAUCGUGGCAUCACAAUGGUCUCCCCGAGCCACGUCUGCUACCGCAAGCACAAGAUUAUCAAUGACUUGGACGCUGAGGAGGAGAUCGAGGACAUCUCGGAGUCCGUGGAGGAGCUCCGGGAGAAGCUGGCCCACGUCAAGAAGAUGAUGCAGGAACAGAGUGGUUACACCCUCGGUGACAUUGCCGCCAAGAACGAACGACUGAGAACAGACUUGAUCGACGGCAACUUCCUGUCCCUCAUCUUCAGUGUUGUUUUUGUUGUUGUUGUUGGUGCCAGUGUCUACGCAUUCUACAAUCUGUACGUCGCGGUCCUCCGAAAAUUCCCAUCGCAUCACACAGAAUUAUAAACAAUUCGAUAACUAUCGAUUAAUUAAUUUGACGGAAGACUACUAGGAGUUUUAAAAAUCGCGGGCUAUUGGAAUGAGAUUUCUCAAUACAUUGAAGAUCGAUUAUGAAUGGAGAAACGAAUAAUU